CCGGAAACGCCUUGUCGGAGGACUUAUUUUGCGAAGGACAGAGAGAAGGAGAAAGGAAAUUUUCAAAAAUAAUACAGAUAUGAGUAACGAAAACACUAAUCACCCUGAUGAAAAGCAGAGUUUGAAAGAGGAGUAUGAUGAUUCUGCAACAGCCGAUGAUCUUGAUGACUCGAAAGCAAAGUUUUUGAACGGUAAAAGUGGUUUGGACGACCAGUGUGUGAUCGAAGUCGGCUCCGAAGCUUCAUUCACUGGGUUGGGGAAAGAUGAGUUGAUGAAAUAUGCCAGUGAUCCAUUUUGGGUUCGUACUCGGAUGAUUUUAUUUGCCCUCUUCUGGAUAGGAUGGGUUGCUAUGCUUGUUGCUGCGAUUGUUAUAAUUGUUGUGGCACCGAAAUGUCCGAAAAGACCAGACCAAAAAUGGUACCAAACAGAUGUGGUGUAUCAGGUGAACGUAAAAUCAUUCAAGGACUCGUCAAAAGCAGGAACAGAUGGUGCAGGAGUUGGAGAUCUGUCAGGAGUAGCAAGUAAGGUGGAGUACCUACAGUCUAUUGGUGUGAAUGCAUUCUGGCUGAACUCUAUCUACAAAUCUGGUGACAAUUCAUACGACAACAAUGACGUGGUGGACCACAAGCAGGUUGAUGAAUCAUUCGGAACUAUGCAAGCAUUUGAUGACCUUAGGAAAGAUACAAAGAAAAAAGGAAUGAGACUUGUUCUGGACUUUAUCCCAAAUCAUACUGGUAAGAAACAUGAAUGGUUCACAAAGAGUGAAAUGAAGGAAGUUGGGUUUGAGAACUUCUAUAUAUGGGCUAAGGGCACGGGUUCAGACCCAUCUGUGAAUCCACCAAACAACUGGGUGACUGUCUAUAACACCCCUGCAUGGACAUACAGUACAGAUAGGAAGGAAUGGUACUAUCAUUCUUACUUGCCAGAAUAUCCAGACCUUAACUUGAGGGAUGAGAAUGUACUUGCCAAUCUUGAUGGAGUAUUGAGGUUCUGGUUGGACAAGGGAGUAGAUGGAUUUGCUGUUCAAGGAUUACAGAGACUGGUUGAGAACAAUGAGACUAGUACUGACGAGGGCACAGCGGGAGAACACACUGUAGAUCAACCAGAAAACCUAGGAUUGGUGGAAAGAUGGAGAGGAAUAAUCAACUCUUACUCUGACAAACCAGGAAGAGAAAGGGUGCUGAUUGCCAACAUUGAGGAGAAAGGAAACAACACGUUAGACUAUCACAAUGCUGGUAUACACAUUGUGAUUUCCGAUGUUCUCAUCGGUGUUGAUGACUCCUGUGACCAAGAGUGUAUGAAGGACAAAUUAAUGUCAACUACCGAGGGAUGGAGAGGAUGGCAGGUUGACAAUGAGAACAGUCCUCGCUUUGGAAGUGUUGUGAGUGAAGCUCUACAAAAAGCUUGGCAAGCAUUCCACCUUUUGAUGCCCGGCACACCAAUUGUUUACUAUGGUGACGAAAUUGCAAUGAAGAAUGGCGUUAUUACCAACAAUUCAGAUCCUGUAGCUAAAUUACCAGGACAGAUAUCAAGAGACCCUUACCGUACACCGAUGUUGUGGACCUCUGACUUAAAUGCUGGUUUCUGUGCAGCAGAUGUGAAACCAUGGCUACCAGUCAACACAGAUUACUCCUAUAGUAAUGUAGAGUUCAACCGAGCUCAUUUGGUUGGGUAUACUAUCCUAAAUUCGUUUGAAGAUCUGGUAAAGCUGCGGUCUAAGGAAUCAUUCCAGUUUGGUAAUAUUGAGAUCAAGAUUUACAAUGAUAUUCUGUACUUCACACGUAAAGCCGAAGGUUUCCCAGGCUACCUAGUGGCUGUUAACAGAGGAUCAAAGACAGCUGGAUUCAAGGACAUUGCAGAUAAACUUACCCUGGUCUAUGAUUCUUCAGGAACCAAUUCUGUUGGGACUGUAUUUGAUACCAAGUCUGCUCCAAUUGGCUUUAAUGAUGGAGGAGUCUAUGUUUUUGAAUAUUAAGAAGAAAAAAACACUGUCUUUACCUUACAAGAUGAAUUUGAGAUAAAUAAUUCAGUGAUAAUGUGGCCUACUCCAGUAUUUUGACCCAUAAUUCUUAAAGCUUAUGAAAUUACCAUACAUCAUAUAAAUGAUAAUCACUAAAUCAGUAGCUUAUUUAUUAUACAAUAAGUUGUUUAUAUCAGAGUAGCAAAGUUAACUUUUAACAUGUUAAGAUCUUUAAAAAAAUAGCUUUAGUUUAAACAUAUGCUGAUAAAACCUGAAGAAUGCUAUCCAAAUUAUGUUAUCUAUGAAGGUUGUUUACUAAAAGGUUUAUCAGAUUUUGGCAAAGGACCACAUGUUUGACAUUAAAAAAAGGUGUUUGUAUUGCUGCAUUAUUUAUCUGUUUUUGUUAGCUGUUGGAAACUUGACAAAGAAUGUGUCCUUGUUAAUAUAUUGACUCAUAUAUCAAAUUACUUGAUGGUAUGAUAGCAUCUUACAUUACAAUAACCAGUUUUAGGUCAACCUCAUUGUUUAAACCAAAUGUCUUUUUAGAUAAGUAUGCUUUACGAAAAAAAAAUAAAAAUAUAGAAUAAACUUGAACUUGUUUUGAAUGGUUAAGAUUUUAUUAGUUUAAAAGCACAUUAUGCCUUACAAUUCCAUUUUUAUUUGAUUCUUUAGAAAUGUCAAACAUGAGUUUAAUGUUUUAAUUACGGAUUUAGAGCAUGUUAGAUGUUUAACAGCUGAAGAUAGUAGAACGGAAUGUGCAGUUAUGUCCGUUAAGGUAGCAAAAUGUAAACUAAAGUAGUAUAUUGAUUUCCAUACUUAAUACUUAUUCAUUAUACAAAUUGCCUACAAAGCUAGAUAGUUUAUCUAUAUGGCAAAUGAGUAUUUUUUGGAAACUAACAAGAUACCAAAAAUAAAAAAAAUAAUAAAAAAUGAAAAGCAUUUUUGAGGCAUAAUGGGCCUUUAACAAGAACUUAAUAUAUGACAUGUAGUGUUUUAGGGACUGUUUCCAACAGUUAACAAACUGAAAAACUACUUCUUUUAUCUUUCUCUUUCAAAUUUAUACACAAAUUGUGCGGCAUUGGGUUCUAAUUUGGCUGUUUAAUUUUGAUUUAUUUCUGUUCCAUAAAAGAAAGAAAAGAACUCAAUAAAAACAAGAAUACUUAAAAACUG